CACCUGCGUAGUACGUUCAAUCACAUGCUAAAGUGAUGUUGAAGUGAAAAUUACGAUAUUUGUGGUUGUGCGGUUUAAAAAUAAAAGAAUUAUGUUGCUUGUCCUUGAAGAUAAGCACAAAGAACAUCUUUCUUUUCUGAGCGAUGUCAGCACCGACGUUGUGCAAGAAUUCUGCAAAAUAAGUUUGAAUUUCAUAAGGAAAGGAGCUAACCCCAAGGUGUAUCAAAGUGCAUCACAAAAACUGGAAGUUAGUCCCGAAGUGGUGAAAAAUGGGGUUGAGGGACUGAUGUACCUUCUCACUGAGGGCUCCAAGUUGAUGCUGAAUGAAAUCGACUUCCAAGACUCCAUCAUGUGUCUGGGAUUCAGCGAGGAGAUGCAGCAGGCGAUCCUGCAGGUGUUCCUGGACAACCACAGGGAGGUCCGAGCUACCUUGGCAGAGAUGGCCAUGGACCUGCCCCACUACCACGAUCUGGAAUGGAGGUUCGAUGUUCAGCUUGCAUCUCGAUCGUUACGGAGACAAACUACUCCCCAGAUUCUGUGUAAACUUCACCUGAAGGAUUGUGGGAAGGAUGAGAGACACGUGAUGAUCACCGAUCCCGUCAAUCUUGUACACAUGACCAAGGUUUUAGAUGAAGCAUUACAAGAAAUGAAGUCACCAUAUUGUCGAAGAAUUGUGCGGAAUAUUAAGUGAUUUUUCUGUGUUGUAUUAUAAAUUUUGUAUAUAUUGCUGAUGAGAUUCUUUGUUUGUGAAAUGUUUCUAAGAAUCAGAAAUAUUUUGUUUACAAACAUUGUGAGUUCCUCUUGUUCCAUUUAAACAGUGCUUGGCUGUGAUGUGAUGCGACCGACAAAAUGUGCUGGCUCAGGACGUUAUGACUAGUUUUCUCAAAUACUUUGCAAAAAAAGUAAUAAUUAAAAAGAUAUAUGUUCAGGCUGUCUCAACAAUAAGUAUGAACAUUUGGAUGAAAUAAAUAGCCUGUAUGCGAGACUUCUGUGCACUGGGAAUGUUUCUUUGAACUACUUCAAAGAGUUACCUCCCUUCCCAUCCAGUUUAUCUAU